AUGUACUCCGUUCUCGCUCUUGCCGCCCUUGUCCCCGCCGUCGUCGGGCAAACUUCUUACGGCUGCUAUACGGAAAUUCCCACUCGGGCUUUGACUGGCGCGAGCACCGCGGAUUUCGAGGCGAUGACCGUGGAGGCUUGCGAGACAUACUGCACCGAUCCCACCCGUAAUUUCACCCUCUGGGGACUAGAAUAUGGAGGCGAGUGCUACUGUGGCAACUCUCUUGACACAGGUUCCUUCCCUACCUUCCCGGAAGAUUGCUCCAUGCAAUGCACUGGAGACGCCGGUCAGACAUGCGGAGGUCCAAACCGCAUCUCUCUCUGGGGCAGUUCUGAGGAGGCCCCUCCACAUACGCCUUAUCCUCACCCUGAGGUCUCCGCCCCAGUGUACCAAGGAUGCUUUAGUGAGCUCCCCGCCCCCGAUCGGGCUCUCGCUGGAGGCUUUGGCUUCUCCCCUGCGGCCAUGACAAUCGAACGCUGUGCGGAUUACUGUCUCAACUCUGGAUUUGUCUUCUUUGGACUGCAAUACAUGGCUGAAUGCUUUUGUGGCCAUGAGCUAGAUGCUUUGAGCGUCCAACUCGAAGACACGGAUUGUGAUUUGGCCUGUACUGGUGCUCCCACCGAGACUUGCGGUGGUUCAAGCAAACUCAGCGUUUAUCAGUGGAUUUAA